GUUGAAGCAAAGUGAAUUAUUAACCACGUGAGAACGUAGCUGCUGCUGCUGGUGGUGAUGGUGGUUUUGUGUAAGUCUUCACGUCGCCUCUGCCUAUUUUAAUUAAUGUCCGGUGGUUUAAUGCGUUUUUUUAAAUUUGCUUAAACAUGAGUACUCGCUGUACCGUCUCAUAAUUGAUUGUUUGGCUUCGGCCGCAUGAGGUUCAUUGCGUGGCCUCACCCCAACAAAAAUCAGCUGAACAUUGACAACCAAAAAGAAAAGCCACGUUCACAACUGCUGCGUUGGUGUUGUUGUUGCCUUGGCAUUGAACGCCGAUUCACGACAGACAGAAGCCGAAAGCUAUUCAAAGCCAUGGCACCAAAGCGCAAAGCAGCAUCGGCAAAGGGCAAACGGCAGAAGAAAGUAAAAGCUGAGGUUGAACCCGAGGUCCCCCCCGCUGUGGACAAGGUCACUGAGACUCGCAAAGCUCUCAAGACUGAACCUGGCAGCAAAGCAAAGGCCAAGAUUGACUCCGCUUGCAAUCUGGCUAACAAAACGGGCCUCGAGGUGCACGAAGACUAUGACUGCAUGCUCAACCAGACCAACAUCGGCCACAACAACAACAAGUUCUACAUCAUCCAGCUCAUCGCAGGCGAUGGAAAAUUCUACACGUGGACACGAUGGGGCCGUGUGGGCGAGGGCGGACAAAACGCCAUGAAGACCUUCGGCAACGAGGCCGAGGCCAUCAAAGACUUCGAGAAGAAGUUCAAGGACAAGACCAAGAACAACUGGCAGCAACGUGGCGAGUUCACGGCGCACCCUGGCAAGUAUACGCUCAUCGAGAUGCAGUACGAAGACGAUGAGGAGGAGGGAGAAAAGCCCGUGGUCUCGGUGGAUAUUGUGGAUGGCAGCCUCACGAAGAAGGUGAUAAAGCCCUGCUCCCUACCGAAGCAGACACAGGACCUCAUGUCGCUCAUCUUCAGCAACGACAUGUUCAAGGAUGCCAUGAAGGAGAUGAAUCUGGACGUGAAAAAGAUGCCCCUGGGGAAGCUGAGCAAGGCUCAGAUCGGCCGUGGGUUUGACGCCCUGGAGGCCAUCGAGGAGGCCUUGCGUACGGCUGCGGGUCAACGUAACCUAGAGAGCCUCAGCUCCACCUUCUUCACCAUCAUCCCGCACAACUUUGGGCGCAUGCGGCCGCCCGUGAUCAAUUCGCAAGAGAUAAUCCGUAACAAGAAGGACAUGCUGCUGGUGCUGGCAGACAUCGUCCUGGCGCAGUCGCUCCAGGCUGACAAGGAUCGCGCGGCAGCAGCGGCAGGCGGCGAGGGAGAUGUGGGCACCGUCGUGGAGGUCCCACACCCCCUCAACGCCGACUACGACCUGCUCAAGUGCGAACUGGAGCUGCUGGGGGAGGACUCGCACGAGCUCGCAGUGAUUAAGCAGUACGUGUCAGCCACAGCGCCCUCCUACAUGAAAGUCAACUGCGUGUGGAAGGUCAACAGAGAGGGAGAGUGCGAGCGAUUCAAGGCUCACGAAGAGCUGUCGAACCGCCGUCUGCUCUGGCAUGGCACCAACAUUGCGGUGGUGGCAGCCAUCCUGAAGAGCGGCCUGCGCAUUAUGCCGCACUCGGGCGGGCGGGUGGGAUGCGGAAUCUACUUCGCGUCGCAGAACGAGAAGUCGGCACAAUACAUGGGCUAUGCCUGUGAUGGCCGGGGAGUGAUGUUCCUGAAUGAGGUGGUGCUGGGGAAUGAGUUCACCAUCACGAAGGAUGACAGCAGCUUGAAGCAGGCACCCGCAGGCUACAACAGCGUGGUGGCACGCGGUCAUGUCGAGCCAGACCCCAAGAAAGACGUGACCCUGGAACUAGAUGGAAAGCAGGUGACUGUGCCCCAGGGUCGCCCGGUGCAGGUCGCAAAGUUCAAGCAGAGCAACUUCAGCCACAGCGAGUACCUGGUGUACAACGAGAACCAGUGCCGUAUCCGCUACCUGCUGCUCGUCAGCAAUAAGUGACCGCCGGCACCACGUGCCAGAGCAGAGUGCUCGGCUCCGCGGGAGAGGUGGUGGUAAACGACGUUAAUGAUGGUUCAACACAGGUGGGAGAAACACAUACACGGGGGCAGACGUGGGAGGAGGUAUGUGUGUGUAUGUAUACAGUGUGAUAAAUACACACACUAUACAUAUAUACUGUAGAGUUGAUAUAUUUAUGCAGGGUGUCAAUUAUUGCUAUUUAAUUUAAAUUUCGAGCUGGGACUAUGUCGUUAAAUCCACAAACUUAGUAGCAUGGAAAAUGUUUACCACUUGAGACACACUUGGGUACCGAGAUUUGAGAAUAAAAAAGGUGCUCUCUGACAUCUUGGAUUUUAUUGUUUCGAAUGAUUAUGUUAUGUUGAAGAUCACUUGAGCUUUUUGGUUGUUGUUAUUAUUGCACUUAUUUACCCAGCAAAUCCUGAGUCUCAUCACUUUCGGGAGGGUCCGGCCAAGUUUUCUCAGUCGGGGGUGACGAUUACUUUAUAUAUUUCAAUUGAGUAUUUUGCAAUUAAUGUUUCAAACAUGGCAAAUUUGGACCACGAUGCUGGCACACAAUCGCCUACUCUUGUUAAUGACGCCUCGGGAACUUUAACGUCCACUGAAGCAGAUGGCGUGUAUAUGUACGGUUAAUACACCCGCUGUAUUAAUCAGGGUAGCCACUGGAUUCAAACCGUGAACUUCUGCAACAAGAGACGAACUCGCUACCCCUAAGCUUUGUCGCCGGUUUAAAAAACGAUGUAAUUAUGACUCACAGGACUCUUGCAAAGGAAUGAAUCUCAGUGCAUUUCCCAUGGUUGUUAAAAGGUUUCACUCGUGUGUGUACUACACGAUGUAUACAAAACACUGUAUAUUAACACCCUCUGUCUACAACUGUACAUGCAUACAUUCUUGAUAUACACCCGUGUAUGCACGCUCUUGAUCUCUCUAUUAAGAAGUAAAUUUACUUCUUAUCUUCAAUUGAAUCCAAUGUGCAUGGUAAAUUGAUAUAAAUUUACAAAACAGUUAAUAAUGUCGUUUGAAUAAGAGAUAAUGAAUGUUUACACGUUAUCACCUGGCAUAGGCGAAUGUAACCUGUAUGGGCUUUAUGUAAUGAAUCACACGUAUAUUGUGAAUGGAGUUAAUGAUGGCCAUGGAUUGGACCCAUAGACUCACUUUACUGCACAAUAGGUGAUGCCCACGAGUUGAGUAAUCAAUUCAGGGCACAGGGCACCUAUUAAGAUUCAGAUGGACACUGUACAGGGAUUGAGCAGUGAGGUGCUGUGUCACGUGAGGUCGAUUGGUGUGCAUCCGGUGAUAAUGACAGAUGCACGAAUGCUCCUCGGAAGAACACUUUGAGAUAAAGAGUCGCCGGUCCACAACCCUCUGGUGUCCUCGGUGGUGGAGUCACUCAAUCCUCAAGAGGAGGGCAGAACACGAUGCAGAGUAUUCCCCGGUGCAGCGUUGAGUCGAUGGUGCAUUGCUGAGUCUAUGGUGGAGUGUUGAGUCUAUCGUCUUUAUUAACCUGUCUAUCCCCUCGUUACGAUCACGGGAAGAGGGAUAGGGCGAGCCGGUUACACUAAGUAUGUUGAACGCACUAAAAUGUUAUACAGCACUGAAAAUUGAAGCUCAAAGCAUAGCUUGAAAAUGUGAAUAGUUUAUCUUUUUUUAAUAAAUGUUUUUUGCCUU